AUGGAUAAAGAUUCACCUAAAGACCAGCCAUAUCCCCAGAAAGAAUCUCACCAACAUCAAAUGCCAGCUCAAUCAUACCAACAAUAUCAAAAUGUUAACGAACAAAAUAUGAUUUUAUUUGAAAAUGAACCACAACACACCGUUAUCAUUACAGAGAAAUUAAUUCCGGGACAAGUGGAUCGAACAAUUCCCCCAGUUGAUAGAACUUUAACAGGUCUCACUAGUUUAGAACAAAUUUGGAGAAUGCCUUUAAUAAAUAAUGGAAAACCUACCUGGAAAUUUUGGUUUGCUUUAGCAUUUUUAUUGUACAUUGCAUUUUACGUCUUAUCGUUUCUUGGAAGUACUUUCAUGUACUCAAAUAGCGGCAGUUAUAGUUAUAAUUAUAAUUAUAAUGAAAAAACUGAGACGCACGGAGGAAAUAAUGAUGGUAACGGCAAUUGUCAUAUGCCAACAAAUUGUCCCGAAGGAACGAAACUAUGUCCGAUUGGAAAUUGCAUUUGGAUAUGUGAAAAGAAGUGUAUUUCGGAAAUCGUUAAUCUUACAUCAUAA